ACAACGACGUCGUGUGACCCUCCAAAUCGAACAACACGUAUCUUCACUAUAAAUGAAUUCCAGCUGCUUACGUUCUCUUCCUCUCCAUUCUCCUAUCUACCACUUCCCUUCAUUUCUUUCCCAGGUAUUCUACUUUGAAAUAAAGGUGAUUUGAAGAUGAACUGUUAUGGUCUUCAAAAGAACGCCUUUGCAGCCUGUGAAGAGAUGAGAGGCUCUGUGAAUUUCGUUGAAAAGAAGGAGUCCGUCGUUUGCCCUAAGCCACGCCGAGUUGGGGUUGUAUCUAACAUGCCUAUGAGGCACUUGAGAUGGCAUUUCAAUCAACAGGCCGAGGGUUCUGAUUCAAAAGGUGGGGCAGAGCUACUAGAGAUUAUGUUUAAGAAGGAGAGUUAUGGGAAGGAGUUUUCAAAUCAGGUAGCUUCAUCUCCUCCAUUUUUUUGUGGAUCUCCUCCUGUUCGAGCUGCAAAUCCUGUGGUCCAGGAUGCUCGAUUUGGAGAAAAGCACGAUCCCGCAUUUACGACUUCAUCGCCAUCAGGUUUAUUUUCUCCAUCCUCGGCUUCUGGCAAAGGAGGGUUUGUUAGGAUGAGUUUCGGACUUAAACCGUCCACAGUUAGAAUUGAGGGAUUUGAUUGCCUCAACAGGGAUUGCCAGAAUUCUAGGAUCCCUACUGUUGCUUAAACUCCAUUCAGAGAAGUGUACAUAGAGGAAGCUGAGUGUGACUGCUUAUAAAAAUGACUUGACUUUAACUAAGGUGAACAUCUUUGAGGGAAAAUGCUGAAGAAUCAAACCUUGUGUUCUUGAGAGGGUUUGAUGUGUAAAGAGAGCUGUUCUUUCUGUAAUAUAAGGUUGGAUCUGAGUGUUCUUGUAAAUUUGGUUUAGGUCAUCACCACGAGAAUGUCCUGUAUAUAGAGAGUUGGUGAUUAUGGAAAUCGAUCCUUUGAAUAUGUUUAGCUAAAUUUGAAAGCUUGUUUAUUGUUCUUAAUGAAAUUAAACAGGCAUUUAUAAUGAGAAUUGUCAAUAUUUCUAUUCC